AAAAAGCUCUGUUAUCUUUUAAAGUCAAUGUAGAGCGUCAGUGUAAACAUAUUAUAAAGGCGCGGAGGAUCGUGGCCGAAACAUUUUGCGAAGUGGCUCUUCGCGGGACACACAUCCGUGCGGGGCGUCCGUUUGGGAUAACCUUUUUAAAUCUUUCAAGUUUAAUUUUGUGAAUGUAGAAAAAUAUGAAAAUGCAAUUUCCAUCUCUAGUUAUUUGGGUGUGCUUUUUGGCGACAACCGGCGGCAGUGUUUUUGAUGUCCGUAAUGGAUUUUCUGCAACUGACGGUGCAUUUUAUACCGAGGAUGCAGUUAUACUCAACGCUCAUGUAAGCAGAAUCAGACGAGAUGCGGCAAAUGUCACUAGAGAUGGAAAACAGCUGUUCCUUUUGCGACCUAGGCAGACAGAUGAAGCAUUUGGAUUAGAUUGCGAGACCACGAUCGGGAAAAAGGGGACAUGUAAGAGUUUCCACGACUGCUACCCGCUGUUCAAGGUAGCCAAUCUGCCGGGCCUUGAUGGCUGGGUCAUGGGCCACUACGAUACUUGCAGCUACAUCAGUGGCGAUAAUAUGGAGGUAUUUGGAGUUUGUUGCACCGAACCUGUAGGCACACCGCCUCAACAGGAACCUGACGUGCAACGACUAGGAAUUCUUCCACCAGUGAUGCCAAUGCAACUACCACCAGUCAAUUCUAUGUUCCCAAAUAUUUUGUCAGCACUAGCACCCCAAUGGCCGCAGUUCCAGAAUGUCAACAUUAGGCAGAUACCAGCGAAUUGGCCUCCGACGAUACCUCCGCUGCCGACUCACCCACCUGACCAUACCGCACCUACUCAUCCACCUUCUCUUGUUGCAGGAGUAACUACUAGACCACCUACCGCAGGUACCACAACCACCUGGGCAACCAAACCUUCAAGCACCACAAAGCAGACCUGGCCUCCGGCUUUCCCGACACAGCCAGCUAAGCCACAACCAGUAAAACCUUCACCGCAACCAUCGACUGAAUGUGGAAUUAAAAAUGGUGCUCAUCAGACGUAUGAUCUACAAGACGAGGAGCGUAUUGUGGGUGGUCAUAACGCAGACCUGAACGAAUGGCCCUGGAUCGUGGCUCUUUUCAACAACGGCCGGCAGUUCUGCGGCGGAUCUCUCAUUGACGAUAGACAUGUGUUGUCUGCUGCGCAUUGCGUCGCCCACAUGACCUCAUGGGAUGUCGCUCGCUUGACUGCCAGACUUGGAGACUAUAACAUCCAUUCUAACGUGGAAACACAGCACAUCGAGCGAAAAAUCAAGAGGGUGGUGAGGCACAGAGGAUUCGAUAUGCGCACUCUUUAUAACGACGUCGCCGUAUUAACGUUGGAUCAGCCCGUGCCGUUUACGAAGAAGGUGCACCCCAUUUGUUUGCCAGGCUCGGGCAAAGCCUAUGCUGGCAUUGUUGCUACCGUCAUUGGCUGGGGCAGUUUACGCGAAAGCGGACCUCAACCUUCAAUCUUGCAAGAGGUUUCUAUACCCAUCUGGCAAAAUGCUGAGUGCAGGCAGAAGUAUGGCGCGGCGGCGCCUGGAGGAAUCGUAGAGCACAUGCUAUGCGCUGGUAAAGCUAGUAUGGACUCCUGCAGUGGAGACAGCGGUGGCCCACUAAUGGUCAACGAAGGAGGCCGUUGGACCCAAGUAGGAAUCGUGUCUUGGGGUAUCGGAUGUGGCAAAGGCCAGUACCCUGGAGUAUACACAAGAGUCACUGCCUUCUUACCCUGGAUUCAAAAAAACUCUAAAUAAUCAUAUAUAUUUUUUAUAUUCUUCAUUUGUUAAGUUAAAUUUAAUAUCAAUCAUUUUGAGAAAGACAACCAAUAAACUUGCCUUUCUUAAUUGAUUGAAACACGUGGAAGAAAUGAUUUUUGUUUAUUUUUCCAGUAAUAUGUUCCCAUUUAAAAUGGAAAUGUGCCAAUAUAUAAAUAAGAUUUCGAAAUAAAGAUAUUCUUAGUUUCAA